AUGAUUGCUUCUACCCUUCUUUCCUUGGUUCUCGCCAUGGGCUUGGCUAAUGGUGCCGCCAUCGAGAAACGAGGUGGACAAAAUUACCUCCAACAAGCUCAACAAGGUGUCGGCUCACUCCCUUCCGGUUGGGCUGCUCAAGGUUGUUACACCGAUGGUUUCUCCUGGAGCACAUUGGACAAGGUCUCCACCACUUCUUACACCUCAAUGACUUACGAAAAAUGCACUUCUUACUGUUCCGGUAAAGGAUACUCUUACGCUGGUUUGGAAUCCGGUAACACUUGUUACUGUGCCAACACUAUUAACUCACGAGCCACCCUCAGCGCCUAUGGCCACUGUCAGACUUGGUGUUCCGGUAAUUGGGGACAAGAUUGUGGUGGUGCUUAUUACAUAAACGUCUUGUAUAAAGCCCCUACACCAGCUACCCCAUCUUCCAAGUCAUCUGCCUCUGCUUCCAGCUCUUCCACCUCAUCUUCCGCUGCCGCUUCCUCAAGUGCUUCAUCAUCAGCUGCCCCAUCGUCAUCCUCUUCGUCGGCAGCUGCCUCAUCCAGCUCUUCUUCAGCUGCAGCUUCUUCCAGUGCGUCUUCGUCAGCUGCAGCUUCUUCAAGUGCUUCCUCAUCAGCAGCUCCCUCAUCGUCGGCAUCUUCAGCAGAUGCUUCAUCUUCUGCCUCAUCCUCUGCUGCCUCGUCAUCAGCAUCGUCUUCCGCUUCAUCCUCCGCCUCCGCAUCCUCUACUUCCUCAAGCGCUUCUGCCUCUGCUACCCCCUCCGCCCCUGCGCUUCCUUCUGGAUGGUCCAACACCGGUGUAUGUAUCGCUGAAGUAGCUGGUCGAGCCCUUACCGGUGCGCACUAUACCGAUGCCGCUAUGACUCAAGCCAGCUGUGCUGCUUUCUGCUCCGCCAACGGCUACACCCUUGCUGGUAUUGAAUACUCAACUGAAUGUUGGUGCGGUAACAUCCUCACCAACACCGCUUCCCUUUUCAAGACAUCUGCUGCCUGUACCAUGAAGUGUGGUGGUGAUUCGACUUCUAUUUGUGGUGGCGGUAACGCUCUUACUCUUAUAGCCUCUCAAACCGCUAUCAGCACACUCUCAGCCGAUCUCACCUACAAACCAGUCGUACUCCCCCCUGGAUGGUCCGUCGCCUCAACUGCUUGUGUCGCCGAAGGUACAAGUGGCCGAGCUCUUGCAUCCGCCACUUGGUCCGAUGACUCUAUGACUAUCGGGUCAUGUCUCGCUUUCUGCCAAGGAAAGGGCUUCCAAUACGCCGGUAUCGAAUAUGGAAGAGAAUGUUACUGUGGUGAUUCGCUCUCCAACGGCGCUUCCCUCAGCCUUCCAUCUACCGCUUGUACCAAAACAUGUGGAGGUGACAGCGCUACCACAUGUGGUGGAGGUAACGCUCUUCAGCUCUACAACAAUCCAGCCCUUGCUCUCAAACUCAUCACUACCAACUCAUACUCAUACCAAGGAUGUGUUCAAGAAGUCAGUGGUCGAGCCCUUGCCGGCGAUGCUUUAGUUGGAGAGAACAUGACAGUCGAAAUCUGUACUUCGUUCUGUCAAUCCGAGGGUUUCCAAUAUGCCGGUCUCGAAUACGGUCAAGAAUGUUACUGUGCUAAUGAGUUCUCAAACGGGGCUUCUGCCUUGAGUUUAUCAACUCAAUGUAACAUGGCUUGUGCUGGUAACUCUGGUGAGAACUGUGGUGGUCCCAACGCUAUCGCUCUUUGGAGUAACAGUGCUUUGACCGCCGUCAGUGUGUUGUAG